UGAUUCCAUAAAGCAGUAUGUGCUCGAAGCCAAAAAAAAUCUGCUCGAGCCUAUGUAGCUGGCCAAUCUUCAACUCACUGGAAUCACAGUUCCUCUCCCAGAUUCAUAUGGUUCUAGUAUACGGUACAUUGGGAAAUGAGGCCUUAAUCGUAACAAAGGACAAGAUGGUGUAUGGCCUAGGUAACAACGUCAACGGUUGUUUGGGGAUCGGGGACGAGGAUGCCACGCUAGAUCCGAAAAAAGUAGAGGAUCUAUGCGGGAAAGAUAUAAAGACAUUCGCGUAUGGCAUCGGACCUCAUGUUUUGGCGCUCACAAAAGAAGGAGAAAUUUAUUCUUGGGGUUGCAACGAUCGUGGCCAACUGGGGACUGAAAAGUCUGCUCAAGUUAUCACACCUAUUCUAGUGCAAAUUCCUGUUCCGGAAGACAGCCUGAGCAUGAAGCGCAUUAUAGAUAUUGCCUGUGGUAUUAAUUAUUCUGUCGCUCUAACCGAGGACGGCAAGAUUUACACUUGGGGAGAUAACCAUUACUACCAACUGGGUGGCAGUAUUAAUGAUGACAAUAUAUUCAACUGUUGUUAUUCAUCGAUACCUAAAUUACUGAAUUGCAACUUAGCUGGGAAGAAGGUUGUCCAUGUCUCCUGUGGCGGGGCCUUUACUAUGGCGAUCACUGAUAAUGGCGAGGUGUAUGGUUGGGGCGAUAAUUCCAUUGGACAACUAGGGAUAAGGAAAAAUUGCGAGAAAGAAUUAACGCCACAGUGGAUCGAUUUAGAAGGUCAUGUCAUAGUCAAAGUGGUUUGUGGAUUCCAGCACGCGUUAGCGCUCACAGAGCAAGGGGACAUCUUUGCUUGGGGCAGGAACGAUGACGGCCAAUUAGGAAUCGGCACCAACGAGUUCUGUAGACCAAUCAUGAUCAACUCCCUGAUUAAACAUGAAACGAAGAUAAAAUGGGUUGACAUCGCAGCUUUGAACUGUAGUAACAUAAGCGUUGCCGUUAGCGAAGAAGGACAUGUCUACGUGUGGGGUAACUGCCAUGGUGAAAAGAUUGUGACCCCAACUGUCACUCCGUUCUCAGACAUGCACGAUGCAAUUGCGCGCUAUGGGCCCAGCGUUAUGCACCAACCAUUGAUCCUAUACGCGAACGAAGGGCCAGAUAUAUUACAGUGCUUGAAAACUGCUUUUGACGACCGCUUAACGAGUGAUUUCGAGAUACAAGUACAAGGCAAAUGUAUCUACGUGCACAAGGUUGUCUUGAUAGCCCGCUGUUCAUACUUUAGAACCAUGUUUCAGCACGAUUGGGCGUGCCAAAAGUUAUUUUUGAACGAAGGGUUAGUCAAACCUUCCUAUGUUAUCUACAAAGCCUUCCUGAAGUAUUUAUACACCGAUAUAAUCGAUUUACCUCUGGAGAAGGCAUCAGAACUUUUGGAUCUGGCCGAGGAAUACUGUGAGAGUAAUCUCAAGCAGCACUGCAUUCAGUUGAUAAAGCAAGGAAUUACUGUAUCAAACGUCGCAUACUUCUACCGUAUUGCAGUGAAGCAUAACGCAAAGGACUUAAAAGACUUCUGUAUCAAGUUCGCUGUUGAUCACUUGACGGCUGUGACGCAGACAGAAAGUUUCUCUAAGCUGGACCGUAUUACGAUGAAAACAUUUAUAAUAAAGAUCGGUAAGGUAGGAGGUUUUAAGAAGUAA